AUGGAAGUUAAACGUGAGGAAUUGAUCGAUUACCACGCCCAAGUCUUGAACAUACUCUACUCGUUGAAGAUCCGUACACCCCAGCUUAUAGUCGAAAGUUAUCGACUGAGCUCUCCUGGUAUAAGUAAUAACGGAGCAUUUGUUGGGGUUUACACUCAGUCCGUUGGUCUCGACAAAUCUCCCAAAAUUGAUCAAGUCUUGCUGAAGCCGAUGACAAUCAUCGAUGUGUUUCACGGUAAAUCUAUCAAUCUGGGUAGUCAAUAUUUGACGGACCUGGGCGGUGAUAGCCCAAGAACGGGACCAUUGGCGGUGCCCACGAGCUACGGCGGAGGUACUCCCCAGCAGUCGUUGACUGGAUUUUCUCGUCCGGACUGUUCUACAAACUCAUUUAACCUGGCGGCGUUUAGAUCACCCGGUUUGCUAGGAACGCAUGGAUUUAAUUUUGGCAACAACUUCGGUUUUCGAGACCCAUCGGUGUAUGAUACAUCCAACGUGCCCCCAGCGCCUAUUCAGCAGCACUUGCCUCAGACAAACGGUAAUAGUUUGUUGAAUCUAGCCCAAGGUUUCAGAGGUACUGGCGACGGAAGUCCAGUAAAUUUGUAUCUUGGGACGUCCAGUCCUGCCAGAGACACAAACUUGGAUUCAUACUGUUAUCAGAAGAAAGAUUACCCCGACAGUCAGGAUUUGAAUUUCAGCGAGCAUAACAAAGACGACGAGGUUAAUAUUCUAAGCCGCGACAAUAGUCCGAAUGGAAGAAUAAAUUACAACUCUGACAGUUCGGAUAACCGGGAAAAGCGCCAGGAUACCUGCAGUCCAGUCGAAAGCUCCCGGUCGUACUCUAGUCAAAACAAAGACGAUCUUUCCGGCUAUCACAGUCCCCAUAACGAUAGCUUAGGAUCACGGAGUCCGGAGAACCUAACCCACGUCGGUGCCAGCAAUCCUGCCAUAACACACAACAACGGUGGUUACACGCCCAACAACAUCAACGGCUCGAGCAUCGCCAACAACAACAACGUAAUCAACAACAAUCACCUGAAGGCUAAGUCGCACACAAUAUCGGAAAUGUUGGACCACAAGCUGCAGCUGAGUUUCCUGGGGCCUCCGUUGGCUGCGCUGCACUCGAUGACCGAAAUGAAAAACCAGGGUGGCAGCCCCGUGCAAACAACAUCCCCGCAAACCCAAACGCACCAAACCGGUAUCGUCGGCGGAGGCGGUGCUCCUAAUCCGCACGGGAUCGACACGAUACUUUCCCGACCGCCACCAGUCACCAGUGCCCAAUUGAAUGCCUUAGGAGGUGGAAUGCCUCGAUUCACGGCUGCCGUUGCCGCCGCCGCCAACAUGGCGCAGUAUCUGUCACAGAGCCAGGGAGCGCCAUUAAAGGGACACUCCGGUCCCCUGGUUGACCGGACGCAUCUCUACUGGCCCGGACUGCAAGGACUGGUCACAAACCCGAUCGCCUGGCGGGAACGACUUGGUUCAAUGUCGGCCAGUCUAUCACAAUCGCAUCACCACCACGACAAGGACGGCAAAAAGAAGCAUACCCGACCGACUUUCAGUGGGCAGCAGAUCUUCGCACUGGAGAAAACCUUCGAGCAGACAAAGUAUUUGGCUGGUCCAGAACGAGCGAAGCUCGCGUACGCAUUGGGGAUGACAGAGUCUCAAGUUAAGGUGUGGUUCCAGAAUCGACGCACCAAAUGGCGCAAGAAGCAUGCGGCCGAGAUGGCAACGGCCAAGCGAAAACAGGAGGAGCUGGGCGAUGGGGAUGGCGACUGCAGCGAGCCGAUGGAUUCCGACUCGGAAAGUUUGGACCUGGUUGACACGGGUAGCAGUAGUCGGAAGCGCUGCAGGAUGGAGGACGAUAUGAGGCAUUAGUAUUAGAGAAUAAUCAUGGUAUUCUGAAGAAAUUUGUUGAGUUUUAUUUAGUGUGUUCGGGCAAAGGUUUGCUAAAAAAUGAGUUUAGUAUUUCACCAUGGUAUUCAAUUUCCUUUGAAAGCUUUAGCAAAAGUUUGAGGAUGAAGCAGCAAACCAUUGAUGCAAUGAUCACUCAAACCGCCAUCUGGGCCACACCCUGUGUAUAAAUUGAUGAACAAAAUCAAUAAAUUGAACAAAGUCAACAAUUACACUGUAAUUAAGAAUAUAGCAUUUGCAGAGGAAAACUGAAGAGCAUGAAGAGCAAAAAAUCGAAUUUACUAUACAUUAAUUUAAAUACUAAUGAUUUUAAUGUACGCAAUAAGUUGAUGAGUGUUGGCGAGGUGUGAGUCGGAAUCGUGAAAAUUCGCAGUAGGAAUGUUUGCGUGUUAAAAAUGUGAUCUAUAGUAAUUACAACUGUAUCUAAGGUGUAACGUGUUUUGUCGGUAAUUGCAUAGGAAAGAUGCUGUAUGGUACAUUCCAGCUUCAGUUUACACGGAUAAAUGAUUAUUUAUUAAAAGAAAACUACUAUAGAAAACAUAAAUUGUAUUGUUGAGUAAGCGCAGAUAAAGGUCCGGUGUAAAAUGAUUUCGUCACAAAAUAAUAAUAACAAUGUUAGGGCACAUUGAGCGGUGUAAAAAGUUUGAAUUCUCAGUAUUCCAAUAAAUUUUCUUGCGUCAUAGCGAAUAAUAUUCAAUUAUUAGUAAUUCAUGAUAAAAAGAAUAAAAAAAUAACA